AAACAAUAUGGCAACUUACAUGGACGUAAUGUUCAUGUGGUAACUUGGCAUACAUUUACAAAGUCUAGAAAGAGUCUAAAUAUAUUUAUAUAAGUAGAACUAUAAGUAAUCCAAAAAGCGUAUUAGAUCUAGAGUCCAGUUUUUAGACGCACUUUAUACUGUGAAAAUGAAGCCAAAGGUCAAAAGUAAAACAAAGACUAGCUCCGUUAAAGUGAGUUUAGCUAAACUUGCCAAUAAACGCAAUACUCGCCUGGCUAAACAAGGAAAGCUUCACAAAGUCAGCAAGAAAGAAAAAAAAAGGCAAAUUGCUCAGGAAAAAAAUGAGAAGAAGCAGCAGCUGGCGUCAAGCAAGGAAAGUCAACCAGAACAUGCUGAGUCAGAAGAAGAGUCUUUCAGUGACGAAGAUGUCGAUUGUUUUCAGAAUUUCAGCAAUGCUAGAUCUUUUUUACAAACAAGAAUUGAGGAGGAGGGAGAGAUACCUAAAAGAAAAAAGCAGAAAGUCGUUGAUGAUGAGGAUAGUGAUGUGGAUGAAGGAGAAAAAUAUGAGCGGCAACCUAGAAGUUUUGCUGCCGAUGUAGCUGAACAAAAAAUGAAAAUGAUGCUGCCAAUCAUUGCUAAAGGAAAGGUUAUUAAGAGAAUGGUUGAGAAAGAUGCUGCUGACGAAGUUGAAAAACCAGUGAGCCAAAUGUCAGAGAAAGCAGACGUUAAAGAGCACGAUAGUGAUGAUGAGGAGGAAGUGGCUUUGGAUAAAAAAGCAGAGCGGGAAAAAGAAAAACAGCUUCUAGCGUCAAUGAGUGCCGCCCAGCUCUAUGCUUACAGGAAGAAAAAACUGGAGGAAAAGAAAGAAAAAAUAGCAUCGUUGUCGCAUGCAGUCAUUGCGGAUCCACAAACUAAUAUCAAAAAAUUAAAAGAGCUUCGUCUGAUGCUUGGGGAAACUGAUCUCUGCGUCUCUUUGACAGUCAGAAAAUAUGCAAUGAUUUCAAUAGCAGAAGUUUUCAAAGAUAUCGUUCCUGGGUAUCGACUUCGUAUUCCGACAGAAAAAGAAAGAUCUCAGAAGGUGAAAAAAGAAACAAAAAGUCUGUGGGACUAUGAAACUUCCUUUCUGCUAAGCUACAGGGUAUAUUUAGAGUUUCUGGAGACACUGGCCAAAGCCAAACCUAUCCCUGAAAAGAGUUUCCUGACAAAACAUGGCAUACAUGAUCUACAGCUCCCCCAUAAAACUAGAGUAGAAUUAGGUCACCUCGCCUUAAAAUGUCUUUGUGAGAUGUUGGUGCACCAUCCUCAUUUUAAUUACCGCAACAACCUGAUAGCGACCAUAGUUCCAUUUUGUAAUCAUAAAGAUAGUCAGUUUUCUGAAACUGCUUGUAAUUCAAUCAAGUCUGUGUUUCAACAAGAUAAAUCAGGGGAAGUCACUCUUGAGAUAGUGAAAACGAUUGGUAGGAUGGUGAAGAAACUGGAGUUUAAUGUCCAGCCUCAAGUUCUUGAAACAUUUUUAGUUUUGAAGAUUAAAGAAAUUGAUUUAUCGAGUGGAGAAACAUUUAAGAAGAUGAAAAGAACAGAGAAAAUGUUGAAACUUUCACGACGAGAAAGAAAAAGACUUAAGCUGAAAGAAAAACUGGACAAAGAAUUACUGGAAACAAAAGCGUCAUAUGACAAAAAGCAAAAACUUAAACUUCAUACAGAAAUAAUUCAAGCUGUAUUUGAAACCUAUGUUCGAGUUAUAAAGUUAGCCUGUGAUUCUGCUUUGUUACCUGCGGUUUUAGAAGGACUUGCCAGAUUUGCACACUUGAUCAAUAUAGAGUACUUUGACAGCCUGUUUGAUGCAUUUAAUUGUCUGAUAGAAUCAGGGCUGUUGACUAAUAGAGAGAUGCUACACUGCAUGCAGACAGCAUUUACUAUUUUGUCUGGUCAAGGAUCAGUGAUCAAUAUCGACCCAACCAAUUUUUACAAACAUUUUUAUUGUACUCUGCUCUCUGUGCAUGCUGCAUCCUCUGACCAAACUGCAACAAUAGUUUUAGACUGCUUAGACUCUAUGAUUAGUAAAAGAAGGAGACAGGUUUCUCAGCAAAGAAUUCUGGCCUUUAUCAAAAGACUUUCCACCAUGUGUCUGUAUCAGAUAUCUGAGACAGCUUUAGCACUGUUGGCUGUUCUUAGACAAUUUGUACAUACGUACAAGUAUAGUGAUAUUCUGUUUGACACAGAGGCCCAGGGCAGCGGACUGUAUUUACCAUUUUUGGAAGACCCUGAACACUGUUGUGCUAAUAGCACUUCACUUUGGGAUUUUCACUUGUUAUUGCAUCACUAUGAUCCAGAAGUACAGAGAUAUGCUAAGCAUAUGAUCAAGAUGGCGCCAUUGUCAGGAGAGCAUCAGCUAUCACAGGAACUGUCCAGAAAGUCUCCAAAAGAAUUAUAUGAAAUGUUACAAGGAAGAGAUUUUUUUCACAAAGUUCCUGAGAAAUGUCCCAAAAAACGAAAGGUCAGAUCAACAGAUUUUCUCGAUACAGAAUUUGGUAAGCAUUUAGAAAAUAUAUGUGACUCAGUGCCCGAUUUAGCUGGAGAAUAAACAAUUUUUGUGUCAUGAAA